AUGGGUUAUAAUAAAUAUUUACUCAUUUUUACUAUUAUUUUAUUAAUUAACAUAUUAUUGUUAUCAGGACAACGUCCUAAUCAAAGAAGACCACAAUUUUCACAAUGUCAAGAUGCUCCACAAAAUAGAAGAAUGAUAUGUAAUACUUUUCAUCGUUGGGAUAGAAAUGCUAGAAGAGCUAUUGCUAGAAGACAACAAAUUGAAAGAAAUACUGUUGUUAGACCACCAGGAUUUUUCCAACCAAAUAGAAAUAAUGGAAAUCAACAAAGAAAUCAAGGUAAUCAAGGUUUUCCUCGCCCUCAAAAUAAUGUACAACAAUUUACUCCAUCACUUCCUAAUAAUAAUAUUCAACCAAUUCCUCAAGCAUGUAUGAAUCUUCAAUGUCUUUGUCCAUACUUCCGUGGGCAACUUGGACCAAAUGGACAAUGUAUGUUACCUAAUGGUGGUGUUCUUCAAAAAUCUAUAAGACGUGAAAUUAGAAUGUUAAGUGAUAAUGAAAGACAACGUUACUUUGCAGCUGUUCGUGUUUUAAAAAAUAAUGGAGAAUAUGAUAGAUUAUCAGCACAACAUCGUUCAGUUGCUACUGCUUCAGGUGCUCAUGCUGGACCAGCUUUUCUUUUAUGGCAUAGAGAAUUUAUGAAAAGAUAUGAAAUUGCAUUAAAAUUAGUUGAUCCUUCAAUUUCUGUACCAUAUUGGGAUUCAGUUAUGGAUAAUUAUCUUCCAAAUCCAGCUGAUUCAAUUUCAUUUUCAAACUUAUUCUUUGGUGAAUCACCACCAGGUGGUAUGUUAUUUAAUGGACCAUUUGUUGGUUUUAGAACAUUAGAAGGUCUUCCUGGUAUAACAAGACAUCUUGGUAGAGAAGGACAUUUAUUUACAGAACAAAAUAUUCAAAAUGUAUUAUCACAAACAAGUAUUGUUAAUACAUUAGCUUAUACUGCACCAUUACGUGGUUGUAUUUAUCAAAGUUAUUUUGGUGCUAUAGAAUAUAUUCAUGGUGCUGUACAUAAUUGGUUAGGUGGUACUGUUCUUAAAAUAUCAACAUCUGUUAAUGAUCCAAUAUUCUUCCAACAUCAUGCAUUUGUUGAUUAUAUUUUUGAAGCAUGGAGACAAAGUAGACAAAAUAGAAUGGAAAGAGAAAAUGCCUAUCCACCAGAUCUUCCACAAUGUAUGAAUUCACAACAUUUCUCUACAUCAAUAAUGAGACCAUUUAAUAUUCUUAAUAAAGAUGGUUUAUCUAAUGGAUAUACAGAUAAUUUAUAUAAUUAUGCACCAAGACCAACAUGUUCAUUUGCAAAUCGUAAUUGUGGAUCACAAUAUCUAUUUUGUGAUCCAAGAGGUGCACCACAUUGUGUAUCAAAAAUUAAAUUAGGUGGUUUAUGUACAGGUUUUGAGGGUAUGGAUGCAUGUUUUGGUGGUAUAUGUGUUAAUGGAAGAUGUACUGGUGGAAAUAAUAAUAAUAAUAGAGGAUUUGCUAUGAGAGGUACAGUCUUAGAUGACAAUCAUACAAUUGAAGCUAUUGAAAUUAAAAAAUCAUCACAUAAAAAUUUGGAAUUAUUUAAAAUUACACCAAUGGUUAAUAUAUCAUCAACAACUUUAUCAUGUCUUAAUAAUGAUCCAUGUUGUGAAUUAUGGUCAGGACUUGAUGAAUGUGAAGCUAAUCCAGAAUAUAUGACAAAAUAUUGUAGAAGAUCAUGUCAUGAAUGUAUACCAACAAAUAAAUCACAACAAAAAGGUUGUAUUGAUAGACAUGUUUCCUGUAAACAUUGGUCAUCACUUGGUCAUUGUGAAACAAAAAAACAUUUUAUGUCUGAAAAUUGUCAGGAAAGUUGUAAAUUAUGUGAUUAUACUUCAGAACAAAUAUGUAGAAAAAUUGCUAAAGAAACAGCUAUUGAUGGUAAAACAACUAAAAAAGAAAAAUCACCAGAGGAAGAGGAAAUAAUAGAGGAACCAGAAGAGGAUAAUGAAGAUAAUAAGAAAUCUGCUUAA